AUGCUGAAGCAGAGCGAGAGGCGACGGUCGUGGGGCUACAGGCCCUGGAAUACUACAGAGAGCGGGGACGCGCCCCAGGCCGGGAGCAGCCAGCACCGCAGGAGCGUCUGCUCGGUGGGGGCCCGCUCCGGCUCCCUGGCCAGCAUCCCGCCGUGGACCGAGGGCAACUAUAACUACUACAUCGAGGAGGACGACGAUGGGGGGGAGGAGGACGAGCUGAAGGACGACCCAGGCGAGGAGGACAGGCGUCCGGAGGCCGCCCCCGGCGCGCAGCCCGACAGCCGCGCCGCCCCUCCCGCCGCGUCGUCCACCCUGAACGUGAACGUGGGCGGCCAGAGCUACCGGCUGGACUGCUGCGAGCUGGCCUGCUACCCCAAGACGCGCCUGGGCCGCCUGGCCACGUCCACCAGCCGCAGCCGCCAGCUCGGCCUGUGCGACGACUACGAGGAGCAGACGGACGAGUACUUCUUCGACCGCGACCCGGCCGUCUUCCAGCUCGUCUACAACUUCUACGCGUCGGGCGUGCUGCUGGUGCGCGACGAGCUGUGCCCGCGCUGCUUCCUGGAGGAGCUGGGCUACUGGGGCGUGCGGCUCAAGUACACGCCGCGCUGCUGCCGCAUCUGCUUCGAGGAGCGGCGCGACGAGCUCAGCGACCAGCUCAAGAUCCAGCGCGAGCUGCGCGCGCAGGCGCAGACCGAGGAGGCCGAGGAGCUCUUCCGCGACAUGCGCUUCUACGGGCCGCAGCGCCGCCGCCUCUGGAACCUCCUGGAGAAGCCCUUCUCGUCCGUGGCCGCCAAGGCCAUCGGGGUGGCCUCCAGCCUCUUCGUGCUCGUGUCCGUCGUGGCGCUGGCGCUCAACACGGUGGAGGAGAUGCAGCACCGGGCGGCGCAGGGCGCGGGCGGCGGCGACCCGCGGCCCAUCCUGGAGCACGUGGAGAUGCUGUGCAUCGCCUUCUUCACGCUCGAGUUCCUGCUGCGCCUCGCCUCCACGCCCGACCUGCGGCGCUUCGCGCGCAGCGCCCUCAACCUGGUGGACCUGGUGGCCAUCCUGCCGCUCUACCUGCAGCUGCUGCUCGAGUGCCUCACGGGCGAGGACCAGGCGCGCAGCAAGGGCGCGCCGCGGGAGCACGAGCUGGAGACGGUGGGCCGCGUGGGCAAGGUGGGCCAGGUGCUGCGCGUCAUGCGCCUGAUGCGCGUCCUGCGCAUCCUCAAGCUGGCCCGCCACUCCACGGGCCUGCGCGCCUUCGGCUUCACGCUGCGCCAGUGCUACCAGCAGGUGGGCUGCCUCAUGCUUUUCAUCACCAUGGGCAUCUUCACCUUCUCGGCGGCCGUCUACUCGGUGGAGCACGACGUGCCCAACACCAACUUCACCAGCAUCCCGCACGCCUGGUGGUGGGCCGCGGUGAGCAUCUCCACUGUGGGCUAUGGAGACAUGUACCCAGAGACCAUCCUGGGCAGGUUUUUUGCCUUCCUCUGCAUUGCAUUUGGGAUUAUCCUCAAUGGGAUGCCAAUUUCCAUCCUCUACAACAAAUUCUCGGAUUACUACAGUAAGCUCAAAGCCUAUGAGUACACUGCCAUGAGAAGGGAAAGGGGAAAAGUAGAGUUCCUGCAGAGAGCCAAAAAGAAGAUGGCAGAGUGUCUGGCUCGAACCCACCCACAGCCCACCCCAAGGCAAGAGAGUUGAUGUUUCCUAGGAUGCGUGGCUGGUAGACCCUAUGAACCUCAAGGCUUCAAUUCUCCUUCUUUAUAAUGUCAGAAUUGGCAGUGCAUGGACACAUUUAACAGUCAUACACGAA